UGGUUUUAGUUGAAUCUGGUAAACGAUAAUUUAUUAAUAAUAAACGCUACAAAAGAUGAUUCUGGAGUAAAUUGCACAACACCAAGGACUGAUUCUUUGCCAUCUAUACCACCAGUACAAAAUCAUGUUUUCGACUGCAACACUUACAGUUCCUGUACGCAGUGCGUGUCUUCUUCUUUUCCUUGUGACUGGUGUAUGGACGGUCAUAGAUGUACACAUGACACUGCCGAAAAUUGUAGGAACGACAUUCUAGUUACUGGCGUUAGUAGGACAAUACCAAGUUACAGAUCAGGUCCAGGCUUUUGUCCCAGAAUAAACGCAACAGUCGGAAUUUCGCCAGAAAUAUUGGUAGCUUCUGGAACAAAGAAGGCUAUUAAAGUCAAAGUCCAUAUCAUCGGACAGUUCAUCGUUCAAACUAGAUUCGUAUGUCAAUUCAAUAUAGAAGGAAGAAUUACUAGCGUAAAUGCUCAACUACUAGGUGAUACUAUUUACUGUGAUGUCAUGGAAUUUUUCUACACAUCUGGAGCAUCAAAUAUUACGGUUCCUUUUGCUGUUAUUUGGGGAGGUUCAAAACCUCUGGAUAAUCCAGACAAUGUUCAUAUUGUAAUCUAUCGUUGUCGUAAAAUGGCGGACAGUUGUGGAAAUUGUUUAGCACUAGCUAAAAAAUAUAACUGUGGUUGGUGUCAAAGUUCUGAUCGAUGCGAAGUCAAAGACCAGUGUGAAAAUAGAUCAGACGUUUGGUUAAAUUGGAGUCAAUCUUGUCCAAAUCCUGAAGACACUUCCUUUAGUCUAGAGUCAAACAAUUUAAACAUCAACUUGAAUCUGGUAAAUGAUAAUUUAUCAAUAAAAAACACUACAAAAAAUGAUUCUGGAGUAAAUUGCACAACACCAAGUAUUGAUUCCUUGCCAUCUAUACCACCAGUACAAAAUCAUGUUUUUGACUGCAACACUUACAGUUCCUGUACGCAGUGCGUAUCUUCUUCUUUUCCUUGUGACUGGUGUGUAGAUAGGCAUAGAUGUACACAUGACACUGCCGAAAAUUGUAGGAACGACAUUCUAGUUACUGGCGUUAGCAGGACAAUACCAAGUUACAGAUCAGGUCCGGGAUUUUGCCCCAGAAUAAAUGCAAGAAUCGGAAUUUCGCCAAAAAUAUUGAUAGCUUCUGGAACAAAGAAGGCUAUUAAAGUCAAGGUCCAUAUUAUCGGACAGUUCAUCGUUCAAACUAGAUUCGUAUGUCAAUUCAAUAUAGAAGGAAAAAUUACUAGUGUAAAUGCUCAACUACUAGGUGAUACUAUUUACUGUGAUGCCAUGGAAUUUUUCUACACAUCUAGAGCACCAAAUAUUACUGUUCCUUUUGCUGUUAUUUGGGGAGGUUCAAAACCUCUGGACAAUCCAGACAAUGUUCAUAUUGUAAUCUAUCGUUGUCGUAAAAUGGCGGACAAUUGUGGAAAUUGUUUAGCACUAGCUAACAAAUAUAACUGUGGUUGGUGCCAAAGCUCUGAUCGAUGCGAAGUCAAAAACCAGUGUGAAAAUGGAUCAGGUGUUUGGUUAAAUUGGAAUCAAACGUGUCCAAAUCCUGAAGAUACUUCCUUUAGUGCUGAACUUAAUUCAGACAAUUUAAAUAUCAACUUGAAUUUGGUAAACGAUAAUUUAUCAAUAACAAACGCUACAGAAAAUGAUUCUGGAGUAAAUUGCACAACACCAAAAACUGAUUCCUUGUCAUCUAUACCACCAGUACAAAAUCAUGUUUUCGACUGCAACACUUACAGUUCUUGUACGCAGUGCGUGUCUUCUUCUUUUCCUUGUGACUGGUGUAUAGACGGUCAUAGAUGUACACAUGACACUGCCGAAAAUUGUAGGAACGACAUUCUAGUGACUGGCGUUAGCAAGACAAUACCAAGUUAUAGAUCAGGUCCAGGCUUUUGCCCCAGAAUAAACGCAACAGUCGGAAUUUCGCCAGAAAUAUUGGUAGCUUCUGGAACAAAGAAAGCUAUUAAAGUCAAGGUCCAUAUCAUCGGACAGUUCAUCGUUCAAACUAGAUUCGUAUGUCAAUUCAAUAUAGAAGGAAGAAUUACUAGCGUAAAUGCUCAACUACUAGGUGAUACUAUUUAUUGUGAUGUCAUAGAAUUUUCUUACACAUCUAACACACCAAAUAUUACUGUUCCUUUUGCUGUUAUUUGGGGAGGUUCAAAACCUCUGGACAAUCCAGACAAUAUUCAUAUUGUAAUCUAUCGUUGUCAUAAAAUGGCGGACAAUUGUGGAAAUUGUUUAGUACUAGCUAACAAAUAUAACUGUGGUUGGUGCCAAAGUUCUGAUCGAUGCGAAGUCAAAGACCAGUGUGAAAAUGGAUCAGGUAUUUGGUUAAAUUGGAAUCAAACGUGUUCUAAUCCUAAAGAUACUUCCUUUAGUCCUGAAGUUAAGUCAGACAAUUUAAACAUCAACUUGAAUCUGGUAAACGAUAAUUUAUAAUUUAUCAAUAACAAACGCUACAAAAAAUGAUUCUGGAAUAAAUUGCACAACACCAAGGAUUGAUUCCUUGCCAUCUAUACCACCAGCUCAAAGUAAGCAAUAUUUUAGUUCCACUGUCUAUUGUAUCAGUAAUUUUUUUUAUUUCUAUUUUUUUAUUAUUAUUUGUAUACUAAUUUAUAUAUUAACUAAUUUUAUAUUUUAUAAUUUUUAAAGAUGUUUCUAAUAUUUUAUAAAAAUUGUUUAAAUUAAUUUUUGUUCGUUCUUAGGUUUUAUAGAGACAAAUUCUCAAACCCGUUUAAUGUUUUAUCUACCAGCUUUAAUGAUGUUUUAUGUAUAUGUACUUUGUUACUCACAGUUUUAGACUGUUUCUGUGAUUGUUCUCUAUUGUGUAUUCUCCUUUUUUAAUUGUUUUUAUAUUAGUGUAUCAUUAUCUGAAUAAACAUUAUUAUUACAUUAUUAUUAUUAUAAAGUUUGGCAAAGAAAUUUCCAAUAUAACAAAUCUAUUAAAUGAUUGUAGCUUAUCUGAGAUACAUAUUCCCUUACAUGCAGUUUAUCAGCGUUCUGCCCUCACAAGAUCCUCGUCCACAUAAGGAUCGUUUUCUAACAUAAAAUCCAGCACUAUUGUCUUGAAAAAAAUUGAAUUACUGCGUAAUAAACCACCACCAACUAAUUUGUGGAAUUAUGUUGCACUUGGGUAACGUUAUCCUGAAAGAGGUUAGAAAAAACUGUAAAUUUGAUUGUAAUCAGGUUUACAUGAAACUAUGUUACAAACAACAGUCACUGUUUCUAGCUUAUAGGAGAGGUAUGUAUGCCUGUUCUUGUUAUAUAAACGUCUAAAUAGCAUAAUAGUAGCUGUGAUUGGCCAGUUCUGGACCGGAAGUAAUGGGAAGUAAUUAGUAAUUAAUUAUCCUAAGUACACACCUCCACCCUUAGAGCAAUUAGUAAAUACCUUCCAAUUACUCUGCACAUCACGCACACGGUGUAAUUGUUAAAAUAUGAUUUAGUAUCAUUACUUCUAUGUGAACACGGCCUUAGUUAUUUUAGUUAUAUUUAGUUUUUGUUGAUUGGUACUACUGUACGUCAGAAUAUUGACUGAUGUCAAAAUACGUGUUUCCGGUAAGACAAUGGUCAUUGUUGGUUGUUGUAUUUGUUGUAAACCGUACAUAGUUUGAAUAAAGAAAAUCAAAGGUUAAUUGGAGUAUUAUUUAAAUAAUAAAGUUUAUAAAUUUAUAACAGUAAUGAAUAUAAUUGUAUAGUAUAAUGAGUGUAAUUACCUCAUAUACAUUGAGUUGUAAGUACCUUGAGUAUUAACUAUGUUAAAG